AACAUUUUGUACUUCUACAAAUAUUAAGUUAGAAAAUGUGUGGCUGAAGGCUUUGUUUUCAAAAAUGGUUGCUUUUAAUCUUGUUACCUUUAGUGUUUUACUGCUGUUUGAUUAUGCGGCUGGAGCUGAAGUACGUCUAGCUGGAGGGAGGACACCUUACGAAGUGAGGUUAGAAGUAAGACGUAGCAAAGAAGAACCAUGGGGAACUGUUUGUGAUGAUAAUUUUGAUGACAACGAUGCACGUGUAGUAUGUCGAAUGCUCGGGUUUCGUAACUCUGAGAGUUCUUCCGUUGUAGAAGCAUCAGCAUACGGUCCUGGUUCGGGGAAAAUAUUGUUGGAUGAAAUGCAGUGUAUCGGUAACGAGUCAGAUGUUUCUCAGUGUAAAGCCAAUAUAUGGGGGGAGAGCGAUUGUGCACAUACAGAAGACGUUGGUGUCAGUUGCCAAACACCGGUGAGACUUGUAGAGGGACCUCAUUCGGGUAAAAUAGAAAUCCAAAGGAAUGGUUCAUGGAAAUCUAUUUGUUUUGACAAUUUCAACAAAACUGUUGGAAAAGUUAUAUGCCGUAUGUUGGCAUUAAGCACUGGGGAUAUUGAAAUUACACCAGCUGAUUCUACAGGGGCUCUGUCAUCCAUGGUAUCAAGUUGUGUCGGCAAUGAAAAAGAUAUUUCAUUGUGUCAAAUGGCUGAAGAAUCAUGUAGCAGCGCCAGAAGUACCAGUAUUGAUUGUCGAACUGAAGUGCGGCUAGUUGGUGGACCUAAUCAGCAGUUGGGGAGAGUUGAGGUGAAUUUUCAAGACAAAUGGGGAACAGUAUGUGACGACUCUUUUGAUGAUAACGCUGCUUCUGUUAUCUGCCGAAUGCUUGGCUAUAAUCCAAGAGGUGCAAGAGCAAGAGGUCGAGCAUUUUAUGGAAAGGGAAAUGGUAGUGUAACCAUUGAUGAAUUACGAUGUUCUGGUGAUGAGGCGGAUAUUUCAGAGUGCAAGUCAAACUAUUGGGGGUCCCAUACCAAUUGUGAUCAUGACGAAGAUGCUUCCAUUGAAUGCGGAACGGAAGUACGUUUAGCGGAUGGUCCAACACGGUUUUCUGGUCGCUUAGAAAUCAAAUCCAAGUCAACUUGGAAUACCAUGUGUGACGAUUCCUUUAAUAACAAAACGGCGUCUGUUGUCUGUAGAAUGCUGGGAUUUGAACGAGGCAACAUCUCCAUUCAUAACAAUGCUUACUACGGAAAAGGUACGGGCGAAAUAACAAGCUAUCGUUUAGAAUGUCUUGGAAAUGAAACAGACAUAGUUAACUGCAAACACAUUGAUAUAAAGAGCUGCAGCAAUGGUAGCGACGUCGGGGUCAAUUGUUAUUCCGUUACACCUAUCAAAUUACAAGGUGGUCCUACGACAUAUUCAGGAAGAGUAGAGGUGUACAUGCAAGAGCUGUCUACCUGGAUGGGCAUAUGCGAUGAAAGUUAUGGUUUUACAGUUGAUGACGCCAGAGUUCUCUGCAGAAUGAUCGGAAAACCAAACAUGAAUCCAAGUUUUCAUACCUCCACACACCUUUACGAUUAUGUCAUCCGGGGAAAAGCCAUAUCAGAAAUGACCUGCAGCGGAUCCGAACAAGACAUAACAGAUUGCAGAUCCGGACAACAGUGGCUACAUACCAAUUGUGACUAUCCAAAUUACGUCGGCAUAAAUUGUGAGCCUGUUACUAAAGUACGUUUGGUAGAAGGACCUUCUGCUAGAGCCGGACAAGUAGAAAUACAAUAUAACGGUACAUGGGGUACAAUUUGUAUGGAUGAAUUUGAUACCAUAGACUCUGAUGUCAUCUGCAACAUGUUGGGCUAUACACAGAAGUCGUAUCUGCUGAAAAAUGGAGAAUAUAUGCAGGGCAAUAUAUCCAAAAUGAUCACAAACACCCAGUGUAAAGGCAACGAAAGAGAUAUCUCAGACUGCAGAGCUGAUCCAUGGAUGUCUGGAAACUGUCUUAGUGGACUUGACGUCGGCAUUGCUUGUAAUAGUACAGUUCGUCUUGCUGAUGGUACAAGUGAGCGUUCGGGCAGGGUUGAGAUUUACCAUAAAGAAAAAUGGUGGACAAUAUGUAGUGAUGCCUUUGAUGAAAAUGUCGCUGAUGUUGUAUGCCGAAUGGCUGGAUUUAGAUUCUGGAAUGCGUCUGUUCUUCAAGAUUCAUUUUUUGGAAGAGGAUCUGGAGAUGUCUUGGUCAACCAAAUUAAAUGUAAUGGUAGUGAACCCGAUUUAGCAGCAUGUACGUCUUCACCAUGGAAAAAUGCUACAUGCAAACAUAAUCGUGUUGCUACAGUUGACUGCAAAAUUCAAAACACACAAAUUCGACUGGUUAACGGAGACACAAUUUACUCAGGACGGGUUCAGGUCUUUCAUAACAAUAAAUGGGGAACUAUUUGCGUUUCACCAUUUUCCAAAGAAAAUGCAGAGGUAAUUUGCUGGUCGCUGGGAUACAAUUUUACAAGUGACAUCACAUAUUCGAACUCCUAUGAUACAUAUGGAUAUGAGUUUAACAACGUCAUGAUUUCGAACAUGAAAUGUACUGGAAAUGAAACAGAUAUAUCAGUAUGUCCAUCUGACGACUGGGAUACAGGCAACGAUAACUGCAGCAAUUCAUAUUACCAUAGUGUUGGCAUUGACUGCUUAACACCAAUACAACUUCAAGGCGGCCGUACCAAAGCUAUGGGCCGUGUAGACAUACAGCAUGAAAAUUCAUGGGGUACAAUAUCUAACAACAAUUUUGCUGAGAAAAACAUACCGGUUAUAUGUUCCAUGUUGGGCUUUAAUUAUACGAAGAAUUUUGCAAUGGUAAAUAGUACAUUUCAUAGUAGCAGUAGCAGUGUGUCAUGCAUACUAAUUCAAGAUUUGCAAUGUUCUGGGCAUGAAACGGAUUUGCAGCAAUGUCAGUCAUCUCCUUGGCAACUCACCUCAAAUUGCACCUAUGACAACACAGUUUCUGUCAGCUGCAAUACCCAAGUUCGACUUUCGGAAGGGGAAAACUGGCGAACAGGUCGUGCAGAAUUGUUUUUCAACGAGCAAUGGACAGAUAUAUGCCACAUUGACAACACUACUUCAGUUCAAACAAGUAAUGUUUUGUGCAGGAUGAUGGGAUUAAGCACAGGGAAAGUACAAAUAUAUUCAGAAACUGGCAGAUCUACAAAGGCUGCACAAAUAACUUGCGGUGGCAAAGAAAGGGAUAUCUCGAAAUGCAAUAUAACCACUCAAUUUUGUUCAAGUCGAUUAGGAGUAAAAUGCGGUACUGCUGUAAGACUUAUACAUGGUCGUACAGACUUCAUGGGAACUGUUUCUUUAUAUGUACAUGAUCGAUGGGAAGCCAUUCGCUAUAUCAACAACAUACAAGCGGCCGAUGUUGUGUGUCAAAUGUUGGGAUAUAACUUUACAAGAUACAAAAAUGUUCAAUCUAGAGAGGAACUACGCGAUUACCGUUCAUGUGAAUACAACACACCUGAAGGUCUAAACUGUGAUUGGGAUGAAACAGAUAUAUUUGACUGUCGGAAAAGUUACUGGAAUCCGCACAGCAGUUCUUGCAACAAUAUAUAUUCUGGUGUAAAUUGUCAAACACCUGUCCAACUGACUAAUGGGUCAAAGUACCAGUUCGGUCAACUGGAGGUUAAAGAGAAUGACACUUGGUUUCCAGUCUGUAGUAAUGGCUUUGAUCUACAUAAUGCGCAUGUUGUUUGUCGAAUGCUCGGUCAUAAGCAUGUCAAAAACACAACAGCUAUUCUGGGAUCAAUACAAAGACACGGGAAUUUUCUUACCGGCUCGUUGCAGUGCACUGGAAAUGAAGUUGAUAUAUCAGAGUGUCCUACACGAUGGUCAAGCACCACGUGCACGGGCGGAGGUGUAGUCUCAAUUGAUUGUAGGUCCACUGUAAGGUUAAAAGACGGACCAACAGAAUACAGAGGCCGAGUGGAGGUUUUCUAUAAAGGCAAAUGGGGUAAUAUUUGUCACUACAACAGUGCCAAUAAUGCCGAAGUCAUAUGCAGAAUGUUAGGAUAUAAUUAUGCGGGCGCAGCUGUUCAUUCCGGACGUUCAUAUAGAAAUAUAUCAGCAAUCAAUGGUACAUUUACAAUCACUAAUUUGCGUUGCGUUGGGACCGAAUAUGAUAUAACCGAAUGUCCUGCUGAUGAAUGGGAAAAUGGAACAAAAUGUUACUACAACAUGCCUCUUGAAAUUGAAUGCAAUACACCGGUGGCUCUUAUAGGUGGAUCAAAUGCGAAUAUUGGAUAUGUACGUGUGAAUUAUAAUGACUCAUACCUAUCUAUAUGUGGAGAUAAUUUCACCUUGAACGAAGCUGAUGUUAUUUGUAGAACAAUUCGCACAGAAACUAAUCUGAAUGCAACUAUUUAUUACGGAAAUGCGUUUGGAAGCCCAUAUUCUACCACCAUCAAUCAAUUACAAUGUGACGGAGACGAGAUUGACUUGCAGGAAUGUGUGUCACUUCCUUGGUAUGUUACUUCUUCAGGCUGCAACAGUUCGAAUGCGGCCGUCAGCGUUAACUGCCGCCCACACACGCCAAUUCGAAUCAAUGGAUCACACAACACUGGUCUGGUGGAAAUUAACUACGAGAAUGUUUGGGGAACUAUUUGUUAUUACGACUUUGAUAUCAAGGAUGCCAGCGUUCUUUGCAAUAUGUUAGGUUUUAAGAUUGGGAAUGUCGGACGUCCAAUUGAUACGAAAGAAAAUGAUGUGAUCAUAAGAGGAUUACAGUGCGACGGUACAGAAUCUGAUGUUUCUGAAUGUGGAUUGUACUCGAGAUGGUACCCAAGAUAUUAUCCUUGUCCUGGGUCAACUCCAGAAUACAAGGCAACGAUUCAGUGUUCCAAUGAUCGAGUACGUCUAGUUGACGGAGUGAAUGAUUAUCAAGGGAGAGUAGAGUUCCAAUAUGUUGGAAUAUGGGGAACAAUCUGUGACGAGAGCUUUGAUAAGUAUGAUGCGGAAGUCGUUUGUAGACAGAUCGGGAUUAAAUCGGAAAAGAAUGCAACAAUAUACAACUCAUCUAGGUUUGGACAUCGUUACACAAACUUAAUUGUUGAUAAAUUGAAAUGUACUGGCGAUGAGAAAGAUUUAGAUGAAUGCGAAUCGUUUCCAUGGUCUGCAAAUUCCUACAAAUGUGCCAACGGUCAUAGAGAUGCAGGGGUCAAUUGUCGACCAAAGACUCGUGUCACAUUAGAGAAUAGCGCUAGCAAAUAUUUUGGGCGUGUAGAAAUCAAUUACAGAGGGUCAAAUGGAACCAUUUGUGACAGAGGUUUUGACGAAAAUGAUGCUAAAGUCAUUUGCAGGAUGUUAGGUUUCAGCACAUUAAGCACCGCUGUUAGAAAGCAUGCAUACUAUGGUGAAGGCUCUGUAAAAAUUUCGAUAUCAGAUUUACAGUGUAACGGAGACGAACAAGAUAUUUCCGAAUGCAGAACUGAAUACAAUUACCGAUGGGAUAGUCCGUAUCCACACUGCACCCACGCACAUGAUGUUUCCGUCCAGUGUAACACUCCUGUUCGUCUUCGUGGUGGGUGGACACGAUACCAAGGAAUAGCUGAAAUUUAUAUAAAUGGGUCAUGGACAUCAGUGUGUUAUAAUGAAUUUACACAGGAUGAUGCGCAGACCAUUUGCCAAUUAACUGGACUAAAAGAAACUACAAACAGGGCACAUAAUAUUACCAUUUUCAAAGGAAAAUACUUUGGCAUGACAGGCACACCCACAGUAGGGAAUCUUAGAUGCAAUGGAAACGAAGAAGACUUGUUCAGCUGCGGAUCUUCAGCAUGGACUACAAAAGAACCUUCUUGUGAUGAGCAAAUUAUUGCUGCUAUAAACUGCCGGCCAGUCACAAAUAUAAGGCUGAUGAAUAAAAAAACAGAAGUGAGGGCACCAUUGAAUAAAAAUCAAAGCAUCACCGGGAGAGUAGAAGUAGAGUACGAUGGUGACUGGGGUACAAUAUGUGAUGACCAGUUUGAUGAAAGUGAUGCCCAGGUUCUUUGUAACAUGUUAGGAAUUCCAUUCGGCAAAGUUUAUAGAAAUACCCAUAAAACACCUGGCUACGUACACGAACCAGGUACAGGAAAUAUAUUGAUAGAUGACCUCAGCUGUCUCGGUAUAGAAAAAGAUAUAUCGGAAUGCAGAUCAAGAGAAUGGGGAACACAUAAUUGCGAACACAAGGAAGACAUCGCUAUAACAUGCUAUUACAAGACAACAGACCCAUGCAAUGCAGCAGAAACUGCACGUUUACCGAAUUUGGAAAUGCGAUAUGUAAAUAUUAACACGCAACAUCUACAGAAAUCUAUCAACGACUCGAAACUACCGUUUCGUUGGUAUAACGUCGGUAACAAUACCAUGCCAGUUAAAGCACCACCGAAAGACAAAUGUGGAACUCACCUGCCAAUAUUCAGUUCAUAUACAACAGAGAGACUUGGUGCUAAUAAAAGUGCAGAAAUCAAGGCAACGCAAGUAGGAGACAACCAAGCACGGUAUGAUAUAGAGAUGAAGAACUGCAAUGAUGAAUUCUAUGUUUACAAAUUGAGGCCAACGAGUAACGAAGAAAGUGGAUACUGCUUUGGAAUUGGAUCAGAAGGUGAGCUGAAUAAUAGCGUAACACUUCACUUCAUUAAGCUUAGUUGACCUAUUAUCUGUGUAUAACUUUAUUUUAACA